UCAUCCCUUUCGCAUCCAACAUGGCUUCCACUGGCAAAUGGGAAACGGUCGGCGCGAAGAAGAAUAAAAAGUCCACCUCCAAAUCGAAUGGGAAGAAACCAGGAGCCCAGGGAACUGCUGAGAGAGGCCCGGUGAUAGAACACGCAAAGCCUAUCGAGACAGCCCAGACAAUAUGGAGCUCUGUGGCUGAGCUAGAGGGGGACGAUGAGCAUAAGGAAAAUAAACAGAUCCAGGCCAAUAAGGACCAGGCUAAAUCAUCGAAUGCCUCUCCAAAGAGCCCCAAGAAAACAGGAGCAGACAAGAAAAAGCAGCAAGGGAAGGACAAGAAAGCUGGCAGACGGGAGUUCAAGACUGUGGAAGAUGCAAUGAAGAAGCUUGAUGCCAACGUCCUGAAAACAGUCGUGCAGGACACAAAGCUCAAGUUUCCUGAUAAUCCACAGUUCUGGCUGAAUGACCUUGCAUCUGUGCUGAAUCUGAAGUUAGAUGCUCCAGAUUUGGAUCCAACGUUCUACCAGCAGCCAGCAGACUAUCCCCUGUCCAUACUGCCCAAGCCUGUAUACAGUGUCCUGUCGUCCACUGUAACCAGCUGCCCUCUCCAAAUCCAGAAUAUCUUCUUUGAACACUGCCUUUACAUGAUGGUGAAGGAGAUGACAAAUGGGACUCCAACAUACGGUUACCGCAUCUGUACACAGUUCCUAGCACAGACUAGACCUGAGGUCACAACAGCAAACCUACCCAAGUUUGCUGAUUUACUAAAAACCACUGUGAACAGACCAAAUGUCUGCCUGUCCAUCAUCUGGGCGCUCAGCCAAUCAGGAAGCAAGGAUUUAGCAAUAGGGUUAACAGUAUGGUUGCAGCUGUUGCUGCCACACCUGGGCACAAAGAGCUUGUCCAGUUACAUCAUUGGGAUUCUGGAAAACCUCUUCAAGAACCACAAAAAGACCAAGGCAUCUCACAAUUCCAUUGGACCACAUGAGUUCUUCCCUGUACUGGACUUUGUUUUCACUCCUAACACUGCACUUGCACAGAGUUUACAACAGAGACUACAAGCAGUUUAUCCUAAAAUCAAGGACCUUGCCCUGGGCCCAUCAGCCAGCAAAACACCCUGCCAGUAUUUCCCUUCACUGCUGGCCCGGGCUACUCCAAACUGUCCUCCUGCACUCAAGACAGAGAUCAUGGAGCUCCUGGUGCAUUGUUUGACAUCUGACCCCCAAAGCUUCAGCAACUGGAGACAGAUGUACACCAAGCACCUCCUCCAGUCUGGAGUUCUCAUGAGGUACAUGCUAGACAACUGGGAUAAGGUCUCUAGAGUGCUCCCAGUGAAGUUUGUCCAGGAGACUGUUCUAGCAUUCAGUAUUACAAAUGAAGAGAUGGCAGCCCACACCCCAGGAAGGGAGGAGUGUCGGAGUGCAUGCAAGGAACUGUUGCUGAAGAUGAAGAAACCAAAGUUCCCAUGGGGACGGCUCAUAUUCACCAUCCUAUUGCUGGUUGUAGCAAUCCUAGGGCUAGAUAUUUAUACACAUGGAAGUUUCCAAGCCUCCACCUCCCACCGUGUGCUGAAGGACUCUGGCCUACUGGCAGUGUCCCAACAAGCCUGGGUCAAGAUUAGCUUCUACAGCAGGAAAGGCACUGACUGGGCCAGGGAGUGGGUGCCCUACUACUACAGCAUGGUAGCAGAGGUCAUGGACCCUUACAUCAAGCUGUUGUGGCAGAAUUUGUACGACCUUGGCAUGUGGAUAGCUGAAGUGUCUGCACCUCUCAGGGCCUGGCUGGACAGGAAAGUUCCACUGGUCCUGGAGUGGAUUGAUGCCAAGGUCCCAGUUGUGGUGGCCACCAUUACCCAGGUCAUGUCCAAGGUUAAUGUUGCUGCCCAGGAGUACUGGGCAGUCCUGAAGCCCCACGUCAUGGUAGUGUGGACAGCCAUGGUGGACAACGUCCAGGCUGUGGGCAGCUGGCUUGGGAAGAAUGUCUUCACUGGAAAGCUGUCUCCUGAGGCCCUGCAGGCUUCCAUGGUGAUGGUCUGGGAGUAUGUAUGGACAUCCAGCACUGCUGCCAAACAGUGGAUCAUGGACAAGUUUAGCACGUAAUGAAAAUGUUACCAUCAUCAGUGCAAUCUCUUCACCUCAUCCUGUGAUAAUUUGACUCCAAAAUCUGGGUAUGUUACGUAAUGUAGAAAAUUACUCUGCUCUGGCCAUAUAUAUAGUUAAGAUAUGAAGAAGAGUCCAAAACAUCUGUAUCAACACAUGUACCAUAUGUGCUCAUUUCCUCAUAUAAUUUCAACCUGGUACUACAUGUUCAGUGGCAUUUUCCUUUAUGACAGUCAUGUCUAAUUACAAUUACAUAGAAUAUAGAUCAGUUUAUUGUUUGGGUAAGAUGGAAUAUUACUUUGAUUCUUUAGAUAUCAGUGCUUUCAAAUAGCAACAUUUGAAAGAAAAUACCUCCAUUCUAAAACAGAAUCUACCUGCCAGGUCAGUAGAUAAACAGCAAAACACCCAUACACACAGAUUGCUCUGGCAGCUAAAUUUUGUGACAAAGAUAAUUUAGCAGUAAGUCUGUAACAAAAAGGGAGCUAAUGUCUUACAUUGAAAGUGGAAGAAACAUUGUGAUAUGUGCCAGGACUAUGGUGUCUUGCUAAUAAGUUAAUGACAUUUCUCAUCAGUUAAAGAUCUAGAAUAUUUUUUCCUUAGAUAUAAUACAUCUUCUCCAUGACCCACAUUAUUAAUACUAGGCAGAGAAACUAUUUAUGACAAAAGGUAAAUUUUAAGUAAAUGAUAAGAGCAUUGAGAUAUCCCACCGCAUAUUUGCUAAGAUGAGCAAUAUUGUUGCUGUCAAAUGUACAGGCUUUAGCACAAGUAAAUUUCAUUCCAAAAUAUGUGUCCGUUCUCGAUAAGGGACACAUAACUUUGUUGCUGUUUAUUGAAUUAGAUGUAAUUUUGCAAAUGAUAAAAAACAAAGGUAACUAUUAGUUAUUGUUCCAGUUGUUGCAAACCAUGUAAGACACAACAAUGUAUAGCUUCUGUUUAAUUACCCACCCAUUGGCAGCCAGCAGACUACACAGUAAUGUUUUACAACACAGAUACAUCAUUACAUAUUAGGUAGUUUGAGACAUAAUGCUCUUCCAUGUUCAUUUAUAAUACAUUGCAUAAUAAUUAUGUUUCUAUGGUAAAACCUGAUGUUUUUGCCACUUGAGAAAAUGUAUGCCGUACAAGCACAGUUUAUGUAGACCGAUCCCAUACUCCCCUUCCAUGGCAUCAAAUGUAGAAGUGCAAAAUAAAAACAUAAAAAUAGAAAUAUCUGA